AAAGGACCUUCAGAAAAACACUUCUUUAUAUCCUCCAACCUGGGGACGUGCCGAGGUAAAUGAGACUAAUACCAACACAACUAGAUUUUAACAGCUAGGGAGCAAUCAAAUGUGUCGUCCAAGGCUCGAUUGCAUGAAUAUUGGGUUAGGUAAUAGGUUGGUCCUCGGUCAGGACUCAAAACACAUAGAAAUUGUGCUCCGGACAAGCAUACACAACCUUUUCAACGGCUCAAAAAUGUUAGAAGUUGAUAAAUGCUGUGGUUGUGAGUGAUUGAGGAAGUUGAAAGAGUUUAAACUAAAAAGUAUUUGAAGAAGUAUUGAAUAUGUGUGAGGGAGUUUGAAGGAGUAGAGAGGGCUAAAAAGUACUAAAUCUUGGAAACACAAUAGUAAAAGACUGAUAGACAUUAUAAUAAGAUAGGCGACAAACAAUUAAUUUUUGCCUUAAAAUAAUCGUUCAGCCGCUGUAAGCUACAACUGUAAGUUGAAGGUUUGUUAACGGUAAAGGUGUAAAAUGGUGCUUAAAAAAUGAGUAAGAGAUUUAGUUUUCAUAAAUUGUGCUAUGUCAAUUCCAUCUUAGUGGAACUUUUACCUUCAAAUGUGUGUUUUUAGUUUAUCCUUGGGAACUUUGUGAAAUAGUUUUUCUACUUAAAUUACAUUUUCCAUUAAUGUUUCUACCAUUUUGUACUAAUAAUCAAACGGACGGUAAAAAUUGAUUUAUCUAUUUGUAAGUAAUGCUCAUAAGUUCUUUGAAGAAAUAUCUGACUGGCAUUUAUCCUCAUGAACUCGUUUGCUUGGUCCCAAUUUAAUUUAUUUAUUUGGACCAAUUUAAAUUUGAUGUAAUCAUUUACCCAUCUUUCAGUAAAGAACUUGGGUACGAAUUGUGAACUACUACCUCAGUUCUUCUGUUUUAGUUUGUUGGUUAUUGUCAAGGAACCAACUCAACCAACAAUAGGUUACAGGUUCAAAUCUCAACCACCCCUCAUUUAAAAUGAAAUAUUUAGCGUCAGGUAUGAAGAGGGUCUAUGCUGCAUCCACAUUUCUAGUCCAAAGGACUCUCAUUUGAGGGGAGGUGCUAGAGUAUAUAACAUAUCAUGAGACCAACCAUCAGCUUAAGCUUUUGGUUGAGUUGGUUCCUUGACAAUUACACUUUGAUCAAAAAGCUCUCACGGUUUUGAUCAAAAUUUAAUCAACAAACAGAAAUGGAGGGAGUACAACAAUUGUACGUUUGACUUGGGGGUCUGUAGAAAAUUAUAAACUUCUCAAACAAAGUACCAACUUGGUGACAGGCUAUCAACUGAGCAGAUUAGCACCCACGUUUGAUUUUCUUUCAUACUUCUCAUUAUUCAUUUCUUCCUUUUCAAACACAAUCAUGGCAGAAAGCUUUCUAAUGGAAGCAGCUAUGGCAGUGCUAACAGCAGUUCUGUCCCGUGCAGCAGAAGAUGUGAAAUUUGCGUGGAGUUCUAAAUUCAAGAAUUAUCUGAAAGUGCUUGACAAUAACUUGAAAAGAAUUCAUAUGCUUUUAUGUGGAGCAGCAAAUAAGAGAAUUUAUAAUCCUUUACUUGAUGAUUGGCUUAGCAAAGUAAAAAAUGUGGCCUAUGAAGCUGACGAUUUGUUUGACGAGCUUGUGUAUGAAGCUCUUAAGCGAAAGCUGAUGCUUAACAAUCAAUCCCGGUUCACGAAAAAUAUCCGUACCUUCUUCACCCUGCAUAGAAAUCCAGUUGUGCUUUACAUACAAAGGAGUCAAAAAGUGAGGUACUUGAUGUGUUGUAUAGAAGAUGUUUAUAGAGAUGCUCAAGUGCUGGGCAUCAAACCAGUUGAAUUAGCUGCAGGAUCCAGCAGAGGUGUGCCUGUACUGGAAGAUAUACAACUUCAGGUACAGCAGGAAUUAGUCAAUAGUCGUGGGCUUAUUGGGAGAGAUCAAGAUGAGGCCAAUAUUGUGAAGAUGUUGUGCCAUCCUGAGAAUGCUGAUAGAGAUGUAAAUGUGAUAGGCAUAGUGGGAAUGGCAGGGCUUGGAAAGACGGCUUUAUUCAAGAGAGCAUUUGACAGAGAUGAUGUCAGAAAGCAUUUUGAGAAACGAAUAUGGGUAUGUGUAUCCCAUGAUUUUGAAGUGAAGGGAAUUUUAGAUAAGAUGAUCAAACUUCUAGAUGAUGAAACAUCUAAGAAAUCAAGUUAUCAAGCAACAGUAGCCAAACUUGAAAUGGAAUUGAGAGGGAAAAGAUAUUUACUGGUGCUAGAUGAUGUUUGGGAUACAAUAUUAACAGUAUGGGAGUCUUUGGGUAGUGUAUUGCUGGAUAUUGGCGGGUCUAAUGGGACAGUAGUUUUAGCUACCUCUCAUAGUUCCCAGGUGAUAGCAGGAAUGAAGAUUAAUAGCGAGGAUCAAGCUUUGACUACACGGAAUAGACCUCUUAUUUAUCUAUUAAAGGGUCCAACCGCUGUUGACAGUUGGUCCCUAUUCCCGAAAAGACUAAAGCAUAUCAUAGAUGUGGAUAGAGCAGAAAGGAUGGUUGCUAAGUGUGGGGGUGUCCGUUUAGCAAUAAAUGUGCUUGCAGAUUUGUUAAGGAUCAGUGUUUGGAAGAGUGGAGAGUGAUUGAAGAA